UGUCAUAGACUAAUCGUCGUAUGGAGGCAUCAGUUCAGUACCAUAAUGUCCAAACAGCCCAACGAAGAACCAAGCAAAUGAAAGAACAAGAUCAGAAUCAAGCAAACAGAAGAAAUAUCAAUCUUGUGCUGGAUCUAAGCCUCUCAAUCAAGGAUAUUGAUCAAAACUCCGGCCCGGAACUCAAUCUUUUAGACAAAAAUCUUUCAGAAAAUCCGUCGAAUAAUGAUCCAAGUCCUCAAGGUAAUGAAUCCGGACCACCUUUUUUUUCGUGCAACUAUUGCCAAAGGAAAUUCUAUAGUUCCCAGGCUCUAGGAGGCCAUCAAAAUGCUCAUAAGCGCGAGCGGACCAUCGUGAAACGUGGGCCCCGCUUUGGUGGCGCCGCCUCUCGUAGCCGCGACCGGUAUUUGAACAUGGGUUUUCUGCCACUGCAUGGAUCAUUGAAUAGGUCUCUUGGGAUUCACGUGCACUCUACAAUUCAUGAGCCAACUUAUUUAGCAUCAUCCACUACAUAUGGACAACAUGGCUGGUCUAGAAAGCCUCUUGAUCAGCAACCAACGAUCAGGCGGCUGGCAGCACAGAAUCAUCACGUUGGCAGUUCAUCGAAUGGCGGAGCAGCUAGAUUUGACACUGUUCAGAAGUUCUCGUUAGGGGUCAACGGCAUCGGAAUACACAGAUGGAACAGUACUGGUCCUCCUAUGAAGACUAAUCAAGAAGAGCAGAAAAAGUUAGACUUAUCCCUUAAGCUCUAACUGCAUCUUUGGUACCGGACUCAACACUAAUAACGAGAUAAUUGCUUCUUAAUUUUUCUUCUUGAACAAUGUUCCCCACUAAACGUAUCCUUAGUUAUGUUCAUAUUCCUGCAACCUCCGGUCCGCAACCUCACCUCCACCCUGGAAAUAGUUAGCAAAGGACAGAUUAGAGACUGUUUUAGCUGUAGAGAAUUUUCUUGAACUUGUAUCGAGAUUCAGCAUUAUGGGACAAUUAAAUCAUGUAUCUUGGUCAGAUUCAAGAUUUUUCCUUGAAGUUUUUAUCGAGCAAAAAUUUU